UCAAGUGUUCUUCCUCAACCUAGUGAAUCCAAGGCAGUUCGCCGUGAAUCAAGAUCAUCCACCUGUUGCAAGUUCUUCUUGUACUGGAUUCAAAGUAAUAAACUCUAAACCAUUCACUUUUUUAGUUAUUGAAGUUUUUUUGAACUGUUGACUUUUCAGAUUUUAUAUUUCAGUACAUAUGGUUUUUUAAAUGUUAAUGGAGCUUGACUUUGCCGAAUGUUGAUGCUUGAAGGGAUUUCUAAGUUGUCCGGGUUUGCUAAAGUGAUUGAACAAGCAAAGGCUGUCACCAUAUUUGUUUAUGCUCAUCAUACAACAUUGUCAAUGAUGAGAACAUAUACAAAGAGGGAUAUUGUGAGGCCAGGAGCAACAAGAUUUGCAACAUGUUUCCUCACGCUACAAAGUCUUUAUGAGAAGAAGGGACAACUGAAGAGCAUGUUCAACAGUGAUCAGUGGCAUGAUUGUAAGCAUUCCAAGUCUGUGAAGGGUAAGACUGCAUCUGAUACUGUGAUGAGUUAUGCAUUUUGGAGUAGUGUCAUGGUUAUUUUGAAAGUAUUCACCCCUAUGGUGAAGGUUCUUCGGUUGGCUGAUGGAGAGAAGAUACCAUCUCUUGGGUUUGUUUAUGGUGAGCUAAGAAGUCUAUUAAAGAGGCUACUGACCAUUUGGAGAAGAACUAUCAACCUAUAUUCAGGAUCAUUGAUGAAAAAAUGAAAGGAAGGUUGGAUUCUCCUUUGCAUAUGGCUGCUUACUUCCUCAACCCUUAUUAUUUCUAUAAAGACCCUACUAUCCAGUAUGACAUAGAGGUUUCAGAAGGAUUCAUCAAGUGUGUGGAAACUUUCUAUCAUGGAGAAUUUGAGAAACAAGACUUGGUUGUUAAUCAUGAGAUUAGUCUUUACAAGAAUAAAAGUGGUCCUUUUGGUAGACUGUUAGCUCUAAAAGGAUGUGAAAAUAAGGAUGAAAAGUUUGAUCCAGAGAAUUGGUGGGCAACAUACGGAUGUGCUGUGCCAACCUUGCAGAAACUGGCUACUAGAAUCCUUGCUUUGACCUCUAGUUCUUCUGGCUGUGAAAGAAAUUGGAGCAGUUUCGAAGGGAUCCACACUAAGAAGAGAAACAUAUUAGAUGUAAACCGCCUCAACAGUCUAGUCUAUGUCCAGUUUAAUGCAAGGCUUUUUGAUAAGCAGAAAAAAGAUUAGAGAAGACAAUGUUGAUGUGAUCCUAGAUGAUGGUAAUGAAGAUACUGUCGGAGAUUGGCUUGUGGGCCGUGUCGAAGAGUUGGAUAAUGAUGUCAGUUUUGUGCUUACUACCCAAGCUCCAAGGAUAAGAGAACUCUAUGAUGAUGACUUUGAAUCUGAAGAAGAAGACAUGAUGGAGAUGGAGUUCGAACCGAAUGUAUACCAAGAGGAUCCGGUCUUUCGUGACUCACAAAUAGCUUAGUAAACUAAGGUUUCCAAAUGCCAAGUUCUAACUUUUAGCACAUCUACAAGACCACUACAAGAUCAAAAUUAUAUAUUUUGCUGAUCUUUCAAGAAGAAUAGGAUUAGAAGAUACAAUCCUUAAUAUUUUUUGUUUCUUCUCAUGAUCAAAACUAUAUUUUUUGGUGAUUCUUGUGAGUGGGUUAUUUUUUUUUGUAUUAGAUGGGUGCUUUAAAAAACAACAAUUAUGAUAUAUAAUCUAACUUGGUAUUUAA